GAAAGAUUCAUCGAGCUGGUUGCUGUACAUUGUUUCCAAACUAAAAAGCAAAAAGAGCAACCCGAUUCACCCUUAUUCGAUCACCUCAGUCACGACGUAAAGGUUCCACGUCCACCCUUCCCAAAGUCAUGGACUAGGGGCCACUUUUGGACGGAAGCAUACAGGGCGUGGAAUCAUUCUUAUGAGUCGAGCAGUCCCGUUAUUCACACCUCUCACGCUACGAAUCAUCUGUCGAACCUUCUUCCAGGCAAGGAGAGUAUCAACAUGCUUAGGAUUGUGAUGCUGUAGAAAACGGUUCCACUGCUAUUCACAGAUCGUUUGUACUAGGCAAUACACAUCACAUACCCACAAUCGAGUUACCUGUGCAGCUUUUCCGGAAGCUGACCAUUUUCUAAGCAUUCCAACCACAUCAACCGAAGCAUAUCCAAAAUGAAUGGUUUAUCUACGCUUAACAGACUGUUAGGAAAAAGAAACAAAGAUGUUUCCAAAUCAACCUCCAACCUUAGUCGGUCCACUACCAACCUGGACGCUUCUAGUCACUUCAACAACAAAAUCAUACAGCUGCCGGUGGUGGCGAAUGCACCGUUCGAGCAGACGUUCCGUGUGACGGUGUUGCUGCCACGGGAUCAGCUAUACGUAGCGCGCGUCGGGGCCAAAACCAAACUCUCCACCCUGCUCGAGAUGGUCUGCAGCGACAAGUUGCUUGACGCACAAAAGUAUGUCUUUCGCCAUCCGACCGACUUUCAGCAGGGCUUUGAGCUGGACAUGAACAUCGGCGAGGUGGGACUGAGCGAGGUUCGGCUGAUGUCGCGAAAGGAGCUGGAAGCGUUGCGUAACAGCGAUUAUCGGUUGAGCACAAGCGACAUCUUCCGAAUGCACCAGAAGACUGCCCGUGAAACCUCUGGUGGUACGUCCGUGUCGUCGUCCGAUUUGAGUCGCACAUCGAAGCUGCCACUAAAGACGACCUCACCGUACAGCUCCACAAAUUCGCUCAAUUCAAUGGACUCGUCCGGUGUUAGCUCGAGUUCCCGAGGUGGUGGGGGUCACGGUGGUGCAAGCAAUGGCACUACUAGUAACGGUCACAGCCAAACGGGACCACCAGUAGCACCGACGCGUAAGAAACGACUAGCACCGCGUCCACCAAGCCAGAAUUCUAUUCCCGAGGUGCGCGUCCCACAGCAAACACCGCAUUCCAACGGAACAGGCGCAAAUCAUGGUCCUCCGGAGGAUCACAUUUUUAAAGAACCCCAGUUACCUCCGUACUCCCGACAAAAUUUCCACGUAUCCACGCCAAAUCUAUACGAUCGCGAACUGAAAUCAGCUGAUAUUAUCAACAAUAAUAACAGUACCGGUGUGAAUAUGAAACACACCACCAGCGAUCGUAAUGGGUAUUCUGCGGAUGUGCAUAACAAUAACAAUGUUCAUGAGCCGCAAACCAAGAUGCUGGAGGAGGAAGAUCGGAAAAACCUCAUCAACACCAAGACGUCGUACAGUACGCUCAAGAAUCGACCAACGUCGAUGUACAUUAUACGCGAACCGGACACGAACACGUUGCAGCGAUCGAGUGAGAAUGGUGGUAGUAUGGUCGACAUUCAUCAGCACCAUUCGCGUGCAUCGUCCAGUUGCUCGGACGCGAAAGAUCCGCGGGACUUUCAGGAUAUGCCAGAACCAACACCACGAAAGCGCUUGAAUUCUAGUGCCAAAAAAUCCAAAGCCCCAGCACCACCGCCGAGAGCAAAGGCCACCAUCACACCGGUUCCGACCCCUUCGCCGAGAAUACUUACUCGUUCGACACUUGAUUUACUUCGGGACAAUGAUGCGGCCAUAUCCGAGACGGAUUCUAACUUCAGCAGCGAACCGGAUGAUACGCAACGUAAUAGAGAAUCGCGAUUGAAUGCUGUCAACGGUAGUGUCCACCGAGCUCCAUACACACCGCAGCAGCACCUACAACAGAACGUAUCGAAGGUGAUGCUUAACGUAGAGCAGGCUCCGUUAAAUGAUCCGGUCGUAACAUCGACCACACCAAACAGUGGCGAAAAGAAACACCAGAAGAAUGGAUCAACGUCGUCUGUGUCUAUUAAAAUCGUCAGUAAUGGUGUGAACGAUACACCACCGAAACCAUCGUCCACCACAACUCCCAUCGUAUCAAAAGUACAGAUUGGUGGUAACCAAACAGCUUCAAUGGAUAUUCCUGCUUCGCCCGGAGACAACAGCUCGGACGAGGAAAUAAAAAUCUACAACAUCGAGUCCGGAAAGGCUUCGGUGAAGAAAAUGCCGGUGAACGGAACGGAAAUGGAGCAGCAAAAUAAGGGAGGAACCUCUGAAAUCAUCUCCAAUGGAUCCAAAAUGAAUUCGUCCUAUGGUGAAAACAACGAAUCUACCAAACCGAAUGGUGCAUCCGCAGUGUCAGAACAACAGAACAACGGUACGGUGGAUGAGGAACAGUGGACGUACAAGCUGCCAGCACCGCCAACUUUUGCCGAUUCUUCCAUCAAGGCAAGCGAUUACGAUGAACGUGGACAAUUUUAUCGCCCAGCGUCGACUUUCGUGGAUAAUACGACACUGCGCAGUGAUAUGCUUACAGUGUUGUCGGAUGAGCCAACGGAACGCAUCGAACCGUUCAUUCAAGAGCGCAUACAGACCAUGCUAGACCUCACGGCAGGUCGGGAAACGAUGCCACCACCGUUCUACGCUUCAACGAUGGAACAUCGACCGGAAAGUCCGGUGAGUGUUUCCACCGAAACGGAUGCGACCACUCACGUUUCAGAGGAUGUUCCACACAUCAGCUCGGAUGUGGAGGAUGGCUACCGCGUACGGGAGAAUGACCGUAAGGGAGGAGACAAAAAUGGCGAACCAGACAGUACGCAAGAGGCACGCGAAGUUUGGCUGCAAACACUGGAGAAACGUCGGGAGAAAAUAAUCGAGGGUGAGCUGGCAACGUUGAGUGAAGUGAUCAGCGGUGGUAAGCCAAGCCCAGAUGGUUCCACGAUAAUUCGCACGCAGUCGGUAAACGAAAGGAAGACUAGCGUCAUGAGUGAACUCAACCAGUUGUUGCGUGAAGGUGUCGAGCUAAGCCGAAAGGAAGAGACAGAAAUUGCCGUUGUGAAUAGGAGCAGUUUGGCUAACUUCAAGAUUUCCACCUAUAGCAGUUCGGAAAACAAGGAAAAUAUCAUCACCAGCACCACAAACAGCACGAUCGUCGAGAAGCAAAUUCAACCUCCUCAACGGACUGAGAGUGAGGAAAGUGUAAAACCGGUUGUGACGAAUGGUGUUGCCGAAUCGAAUUUGAUUGCCGACAGCAAGGAAGGCGAAGCGGAUGUGAUUGUACGUCGAAAGAUAUCGGUUGAUUCGAUAACCAUACGAAAACCUCAUUCGCUUACCCAAAGCAGCGACGAGGAUGAUCCUAUCGGUCGACAGAGCAACGGUUAUUCGGCUUCGAGUGGAAGCGCCAAAAAGGAGUUAGCCCCAGUUAAGCGCCGUAGCUUGACGAUGCUAAACAAAAGUCCACGUGUGAUCAAUCGGUCCGAUUCGUUCCACUCGACCCGAUCGGAUUACAUACAGUCGCUAAAUUCUCCUGCCCAAACCGGUACAAAUGCAUCCGGACUAUUGCAUCUAACACCGCGUAGCACGUCGUACAUUUCACUGAUCGGUGCACAGCGCUGGGAAAAUCGGGCCGCUACAAGCGCUUCGCUAACCGCAGCGAACUCUUUCAAUCGCCGCAAAUCGACCAGUGAGCUGAGCAUCUGUGAUUCACCGUCACUGCAGAGCUUGGAGGUAAUUAAGAACAUCCUAAACACAUCGCGCAAGAACAGCAUUAACAAUCUGCACCAGACUAAUGGCAGUGCGGUGGAAGAGGCACCGGUGGAAAAUGAAAUUAUGUUGCCUUCGAUGGCUGCUAUCAAGCGGAAUAGUUUUACCGACAUCUCAACGCUGGUACAGCUGAAUGGUACCGGUAAGGCGCAUAUGAACGGUGGCAGUUUGAUGAGUAAUGCGGUGCGCAAGGACAGCAUCGAAGAGGCAAGGGUAGAGCAAGAACCUGAGCCAGAACCGGAUCGAAAAUCAAAGCAGGAUCCAAAGCCGGAUCCAAUCCCGGCGCCGAUUAAUAAUGCAGAUGUCAACAAAACGGAGGACGUGAAGGAAGUGGAACAAAAAGUUGAAAAAAUGGCGGAAUCUAUCAUCGAUGAACCGAAACAGCAGCAAGAACAUGUGGAGAAAUUAAUCGUGCAGCAGACAGUAGUUGAAGAGAAAAUUAAAACUGAGGAAACGGAAUGGAAUGGUAAACCGGAAUUAACACUAGAUCUGGCUAGUGAAUCGAAAAGUGACGACGAAAAGUUGCAGAACAAGCAACAACAGCGGCAGAUCCAACAUAGCACAGUUACAAAAGAACCACAAACGACGGUCGUAAGCAUUACCACCACCAGCACGGUUGUGAGCAGUAGCGAUAGUUCCAGUGUUGUAACUGCUGCGUCCGCUAACGAAUCCGACACGAAGAAGUGGACCUAUCAGGGACCGCCGACGAUAAGCUUUGCGACUUGGAACGAGCGACCGAAGAUCGACGUAUCGAUCAAAUCGGAUCGAGAUUAUCGAUUCGGUGGCAGUUCCACGCUGCCGCGCGGUUUCCGCAACGUGAAUAACGUAAGCAGCACGAAGAUUAGCAUCGGCCCGGGAGGUAGCAGCACCACGACGACGGUGGAAUCCACUUCCGCCGGGUACGUACGGCAAACGAUCCACGAGGUCGAUCAACCGCAGCAGCAACAGUUAGAUGUUGUUUCGAAUGUGCCAUCUGCAACAGUUUCUUCCGGGCGGCAGCAGCAACAGCAGCAGCAGGAGGCUACGCCCGCUGUGGUGAAGCUCUCCGCAACUGCACUGAAGCCCACUGCAACACCACCCGGCGAACGCUUACCGAUCGUGCGUGCCGUCGAGUACAAAAAGAACGUUGCUCUGCGCCAAGCGCCUCCACCAAUUGAGCCAAAGCCUUCCUUCUUCUACGAAACAUUUUCGCGCAACGAUUCCACCAACAGUUCGGCAAGCUCUACCAUCGGUACGAAUGUCAGCAGUGUAAGCAUUAAUGGAACCGUUCCAUCCACUAGCAUCAGCACCAACAUUAGCCGGCUGAGCUUCGGACCCAAACCAGCAACCGUGCUACAGCCGACGGUGCGUGGCUUUAAGUCGCUUGACAUCGAACCUACGGGAUCAUCCAGCACCAACGGGAUGCCCCGAUUGCGACCCGUGUCUAUGAUCGAUACAAGCACGCUACGGAAAUCCACCACGACCAUUCCAUUAACAUCCACCGUGAUGGAGGAAGAUACGGCGCCGAAUUCGCUGCCCUUCUCACAGAGUACACUACGCCGAACGGGGCUGAAAGAUAAAAUACUAGCGAAAGAUCCAACGCCCGUUACGGAAACGGUUACCGCAAGUACCAAAGUGAGCGUUACAACUGCUGCACCGGCACCUGUGCGGCCGAUUUCUCUGCCGACGGCGGUACCCAUUCCACCACCCCCCGCUCCAAUGCCGUCCGUCAAAGCCUCUCAACCGGUUGUGCGAGGUGCGAUCGUGAAGAAAUCUCCCGCGACCACACCGGCAAUUGAUCCGCGAAAUGCACUUUUGGAUGCCAUUCGAAACUUCAACAAAGAUUCACUGCGGAAGGAUUAAUGAAAAGCUACUUCCUUGGAGUAGAAUUAGCAGGUGUGGCUUUAAUGUUUGUAUAUUUUCCUUGGUUCUCUGUUGGAUGGUUUCUUCAUUCCCUUUUUAAAAAAAAAUGUAUUCUAUACAUACAUUUACCCAUUUGUGUUGUAUACCUUUUGUUUUGUUUUAAGUUCUUAUGUUUAGUACCAAUCUUUGGUGCACGCUUUGCAUGCAUAUUUUUAUUGUUUCCCGUUUUCUCCCGAUAAUCUUAAUUGGGUUUUAUUAAUUUAGCCUUCCACAAAUCUACCACCAGCUUAAUGCUAACAUAAAUAAAACAUUUGGUGUUUGUGCAAAAAACUUAGCACGCCUUGCACAACACACUCGUUAUCUUUGAAUAAAAGACGGUAGCUUAAAGAAAUGCUAUCCGCACAGCCGUCGUUUGUGAAACGGCGUGUAAAUGAAACAAACUGAUAUAAAUAAUCCACAACACACACACACCAGGUACUCGGUAAGCAGGGACUCUUAAACGAGCACAUGAUAGUAUAGGGUAGAAAUAGAAAACGGCUACCACGCUAGCGAGGAUAGUUGUGUUGUAGUCAGCAUAAAGUAAGGAAGCAGGUGAACCUUGUAGAAAGUCCCAAUACAACGAAGGUUACACGUUUGUGGGCAUAACAAAAAGUAGCGUACGUGGCUGAGCGUAAAAUGAGCAGAGAUAGGCUGGACCCGUUUUACAGCUGGUUGUAUAUUUCAUUACUGUAUUGUUAACUUUUUAAUGGGAAGUGUCUAAUAGUGCAGUCUAAUAGGAAUAGUAUGAAAUCAAUAUGUGGAUAUUAAAAGAUUACUAAUAUAAUAAACUCCUACCGCAUUGUGAUACUGUCGAUGAAAGAAAUUAAAUAAUAGAAAUGGACAGAUUAGAAAUAGUAAUUAGAAGCGGAUUAAAGUCAUUGUAUGU